UAAGAAGGUGUACGCAAAAGGAAUUUUUGUUGUUUAGAACCCUCCAUGAACCCUCCAUGAUGUCGGAAAGCUCCGGAACUCUCUUCCUUCGACCUACCCUCUACCGUAUUUAUGCAAUAUUAGUUCAUAUCGGAUCUGGGCACUAUUACUGCUUCAUACAUGCUGCCCCAGAGGCAUGGUAGAAGUUUGAUGACUCAAAGCCUCAAAGGUAUAUGCCAUUCUCAAAGGUUACCCGAGUAGAUGAAGAUUUUGUCAUGUCUCAGGAGGCAUACACUCUUUUUUAUGCAAAACAUGGCACUUCAUGAUUUUCAGAUUUCACUAAAACACAAAAUUCACUAUACCCAAACCCAUAUCUAACACUUCUCCCUAGUCAGUUUUAGAUAAUGUAGAUCCCAUUUCCACCGUACAUCCAAUUACCUGUGCUGUUGAAGUUCCAUCUCCAACUACAUUUAGCAGAGCGAACCAGGAAAGAGUAAUGGUAAGCGAGGUAAAUGCAGGCCCACACAUGAUGCCAACUCCUGUAUUUCGUGUUGCAACUAAGUCUUCAGAAGUUGGGGAAAUGCCUUCUCUAUCAUCUCCUCUGGAACAAAGCAGCAACAGACAGAAUUUUGACAUUACUAAGCUGCAUUCAAAUGAGAUUCCUAAAACACCGCCAAGAUCUCCAAGCCGAGAAAUUUACAGAGAGGACUCCCUUGAUGAUGUACAUUCAAUUCCACGUGCACAUCUGGCGUUGGUGGAUCCAGUUUCUUGUCAAAAAAGAGAAUUGCAGAAGAACCCAGAGACGGAUAAGAAGAGAAAGGAGGCAGCUUUGCCAGUUAGGAAGAGAAUGCAUGGCUCAAGAGCCUAUCAAAUAAUGGCUGCUUUGAGAGGAACACAGAGUGAGAGCGCUGUUGACAAGAAGAAGAGAAGAAUGAUGGCUUCUUCACCGAUCAAAGGUAGCAGCAGUGAUAGGCAUAAGGUGCAGCAGAACCUAGAGACGGAUAAGAAGAGAAAGGAGUCCGCUUUGCAAGUUAGGAAGAUAAUGCCUGGCUCCAGAGCCAAUCAAUUAAUGGCUGCUUUGAGAGGAACACAGAGUGAGAGCGCUGUUGACAAGAAGAAGAGAAGAAUGAUGGCUUCUUCACCGAUCAAAGGUAGCAGCAGUGAUAGGCAUAAGGUGCAGCAGAACCUAGAGACGGAUAAGAAGAGAAAGGAGUCCGCUUUGCAAGUUAGGAAGAUAAUGCCUGGCUCCAGAGCCAAUCAAUUAAUGGCUGCUUUGAGAGGAACACAGUGUGAGAGCGCUGUUGACAAGAAGAAGAGAAGAAUGAUGGCUUCUUCACCGAUCAAAGGUAGCAGCUGUGAUAGGCAUAAGGUGCAGCAGCAGCCUAUUCAAUACUUUAACAAAGUCUACAAGAGGAGAAAUAAGGAGUCUAUUAUGAAUUAAAUAUUUAGUUCUGUUAGUUUACCCCUGCGUGGGUUAUUACUAUAAAUAGGAGGGUGUGAGCUAAUUAACUAAUUAAGGUAGGCUGUUAUUCUAGGAGUUGGCUUGGAGAGUGGGCUUCUCGAACAAUCCCAUUUACAUUGUAUACCUAUUGUGUUAUAAAACAAUCCCAGUUGUUAUACUUGAUUACCGCCAGUGUUUUAUCAUUGGUACCAGAGCACUCGCUCCUGGUGAUCGGAAUUGAGUGGUGACUUCAGCAAAACUCUGGUUUCAGUGGUGAAUGGUCAGAAUGAAGGCAAAAAUGGAGAUUUGCAUGGAUAUUCUGGAGCGAAAUCUGAUGGAGAUGCGGGAAGUGCAGGGGCGAAAAUUGUUGGAGGUGCAGGAGGAUUAACAAUCAUUGAUGAAUGAUCACCGUACUGCAAUGAUAAAUUUGGCGGCAAACAUGGCGGCAUCCAUGGCCGUGAUGAAUGAACUUGCAACUUUGGUCCAGGGAGAGAUCGCGAUCUCAACAUCGGCAUCAUGUGCAAUCAAACAAUCCGAUGACAUUUGGAGGUCAUCCCAAUCGCACUCGCAUCCAAAAUCACACAGGAUAAGAGGAUAAUAAUGGUUUACAACUCAAACUGGUAGAAAAAAUGAUUUACCUGUUUUUACUGGAGAGGGUGCUUAUAAUUGGAUUGCGAGGAUGAAGAGAUAUUUCCGUCUGAAUCACAUCAAUGAAGAGGAACAGGUGGAACAUUUGGAAGGGGCUAUUAAUUGGAACAUUUGGAAGGGGCUAUUAAUUGGAACAUUUGGUGGGAACAUCAGAUGCUUAGCUUGAAACAGACUGAAACAGUGAAAGAAUUCAGGGAUAAGUUUGAAAGGGUCAUAGCACCUCAGAUUAAUGUGGACAUGGGGAUUCUGAGAGGGAUAUUUACCCAUGGUUUGAAGGAUGCGAUAAAAGCUGAGUUAAAACUACAUAAUUGCAAUUCAUUAGUUGAAAUUAUGGACAAAGCUCUAUUGAUUGAGAGUAGAAAUGAAGCUGUUUAUCUGAGAAGAAAGGAGGAGGACAGGUUAUCAUGUAAGGAGAAGGGACCUACAACUACAAAAUCUCUGAUAUGGGUAGAUGGAUUUAAAUCAAAACUAGGAAACUCUUGGUCCAAUAAUACUGGGAAGAGUACAACUGAGACUAAGAGCAAUCCUACUUUUUAAUCCUAUGGGGAAGAAAAUAACUGAAAUAAAUCCCUCUGAUAUGAAAAGGGUGGGACCACAACUCUUACAAGAAGAAUAUCAGGAAAGGAGCAGAAAGGGACUUUGUUUCAAAUGUGGUGAGAAAUGGAGCAAGGAACAUACGUGUAAACUGUUAAAUUACAAGUUAAUACUUGUAGAAGAUUUAGAAGAGGAAUCAGAAAAUGCAGAAGUGGUAAUUCGAGAAGAAGAGAUUGUAAUGGAAUCCAAAUCUAUGCAACUCUCCCUGAUGAGCAAGGAACAGUACCUUUUAUGAGGUCUUUCAAGGUAAAAGGAGUUUAGAAUGGGCUGAAGGGGAGGCAGAAGUUGAUAGAAGAGAGCAAAGUGCAUCCAGUGUUUCAUAUUUCACUACUGAAGAAGGCUAUAUCACUUCAUCAUCUACAACUGAUUUCCAGCCCCUACCCAAAUGCCUCAAUGAAGAAUGGGAAUUACAGAUAAUACCUGAAGGAGUUGUAGACUCCAAAGUGAACAAAGGGAAGAUUGAAGUGCUGAUACCGAGGUUUGAGGAUUCUUGGGAAUCACUGCAAUCACUGACAGAACAAUUUCCAGACUUUCACCUUGGAGACAAGGUGAAUUUUCAGGGAGGGAGUAUUGAUAGGCACAAGGUGCAACAGCAGCCUAUUCAAUACUUUAACAAAGUCUACAAGAGAAGAAUUAAGGACUCUAUUAUGAAUUAAAUAUUUAGUUCUGUCAGUGUACCCUUGCGUGGGUUAUUACUAUAAAUAGGAGGGUGUGAGCUAAUUAAGGCAGGUUGUUAUUCUGUUAGGAGUUGACUUGGAGAGUGGGCUUCUCGAACACUCCCAUUUGCAUUGUAUACCUAUUGUGAUGUCCUCCCUAUUUCAACAAACACUUUUCAAUUUGUUCUUCAUAUAUUUUCCAUAAAAUUGUUGUUUUACUUGAUUACUGCCAAUGUUCUAUCAAUCAGCAAUUCCAAUACUUUCCACAAAUCAAGUUUUCCUCCCGGAUCACGUCCUAUAAUUGCCAGCGGCCCCAG